UGUUUCACUCCUCCUCCUUCUCCUUUUCCGCCUCCACUUCAAACCUCACCUCACCUCACCUGCUUUCUCUCUCGUUCUCUCUCUCUGCUCCAAUCAACCCAAUCCCUUUCCCCCAUUCCUUCCUGUAGUCUGUUCCUGUUGCUGUUGCUGCUCUUCUCCCUUCGCUUCGCUCCUCUCGGGCUCUCGCCUCUCUGCAGGUUGUUGGUCAAACGCGCGCAGGAUCGCUCGCGGGGAUUUUGGUUGUUUGGUGGCUGCGCGCGCUCCUUCCUUCAUCGCAGGUGCGCCGCGGGACGGGCGCCGAGAAGAGGAAGCGGAGGAGGACAGCGCGCUCGAGCGUGUUGGCUGGCUGGCUCCCUUUUGGCUUUGGGGCAUUCGAUUCCAAGGACGGUGAGGCCUUCCAGGGGCGGCGCUGCUGCUGCUGCUGAUUCGUCCUCGUCGUGCUGCUGCUUGCUUGCGCAUACAUGCGCUGCGGCGGCGGAGCGGGAGCGUGGCGGGAGGGGAGCGUGGUGCUCGCUGUCGCUGGUGGCGAUGUAGCCGAAUGACCGGCGCUCGGUUGGCGAGAGGCGGCGGCGGGGCGGCCGGGACGACGACGAUGGAGGCGGAGAAGGGGGGCGGAGCGGGGAUUGGGGUGGGCUUCCUGGGGAUGGGGCUCUACAGGCUGCGGCUGCUGCCGCUGCCGCCGCUGCCGGAGAAGCUGUCAUCGGCCAAGACGCUGCGGAGCCACGUGUACGCCAACUACCUGGGCUCCCGCCCCGUGCGGGAGCGCUGGUGGCGCUGGCUGCUGCUGCUCUGGGUCCUCGGCUGGACGCUCGCUUCCUGCUGGAUCUUCUACUACGAGAACUCCCAGGCCGUCGAGAAGCGCCGGGAGUCCCUCGCCAGCAUGUGCGACGAGCGCGCCCGCAUGCUCCAGGACCAGUUCAACGUCAGCAUGAACCACCUCCAGGCACUCGCCAUCCUCGUCUCCACCUUCCACCACGCCCAGACUCCCUCCGCCAUCAACCAGGCGACGUUCGCGAGGUACGCGGAGAGGACGGCUUUCGAGCGGCCGCUGACGAGCGGGGUGGCGUACGCGGUGCGGGUGACGCACGGCGAGCGGGACCAGUUCGAGCGGCAGCAAGGGUGGAGCAUCAAGAAGAUGUACUCGUCCAAGAAGAAGUCGCCGGGGCCGGGGCCGGGGGACGCCGCCACCGCGGAGAUCCGCGAGCCGGCCGAGGAGUAUGCCCCCGUCAUCUUCGCGCAGGACGCCUACAAGCACGUCCUCUCCUUCGAUAUGCUCUCCGGCGAUGAUGAUCGUGAAAACAUACUAAGAGCUAGAGAAUCUGGAAAGGGUGUCCUAACUGCACCUUUCAAGCUACUGAAUAAUCGCCUCGGUGUGAUCUCGACAUACACGGUGUACAAGUCUGAGUUUCCUGCAUAUGCGAGGCCGCAGGAGCGCAUCCAAGCUGCCAUAGGGUAUUUAGGUGGCAUAUUUGAUAUAGAAGCACUUGUUGAUAAGUUGCUUCAUCAACUUGCGGGCAAGCAAUCCAUCAUGGUGAACGUGUAUGAUACUACAAAUGAGAAGCCAAUCAGUAUGUAUGGUUCAAAUGAUACUGGCGGUGGCAUGUACCAUAACAGCACACUCAACUUCGGAGAUCCAUCUAGAAGGCACGAGAUGCAUUGCAGGUUCAUGCAAAAGCCACCAUUGCCAUGGCUUGCAAUAACAUCAUCACUAGGAACUCUUGUGAUUGCUUUACUUACUGGUUAUAUAUUUCACGCUACCGUGCAUCGUAUCGCAAAAGUUGAAGAUGAUUAUCAAAAUAUGAUGGAGCUCAAGAAGCGUGCGGAAGCUGCAGAUAUUGCCAAGUCACAGUUCUUGGCCACAGUUUCACAUGAGAUCAGGACUCCAAUGAAUGGUGUUCUAGGAAUGCUCCAAAUGCUCAUGGAUACUGAUUUGGACACAACACAACAAGACUUUGUCAGAACCGCCCAAGCAAGUGGAAAAGCUUUAGUAUCCCUGAUAAACGAGGUUCUUGAUCAGGCAAAGAUUGAAUCUGGCAAACUCGAGCUUGAGGCAGUGCCAUUUGAUCUUAGAAUAGUUUGUGAUGACAUUUUGUCUCUCUUCUGUGGAAAAGCUCAGGAGAAAGGGCUGGAGUUGGCGGUUUAUGUCUCGGAUCAAGUUCCGCAAACACUCAUUGGCGAUCCGGGCAGGAUGAGGCAAAUCAUUACAAAUCUCAUGUCGAACUCCAUAAAAUUCACAGAAAGAGGACAUAUCUACUUGACAGUUCAUGUUGUUGAAGAGGUCAUGGGCUGUUUAGAGGUCAAGACGGGAACUCACUACACAAACACCUUAAGUGGCUACCCAGUAGCUAACAGGAGGCGUAGUUGGGAGAGCUUUCGACUUUUUGAUAUGGAUUUACACUCAUCUGAGAUGCCUUUUACUCCUGUCACACCUGACACAAUAAGGUUGAUAAUAUCAGUCGAAGACACCGGUGCCGGCAUCCCUUUUGAAGCCCAAUACCGCAUAUUCACCCCUUACAUGCAGGUUGGUCCGUCCAUUGCGCGCAUCCAUGGGGGCACUGGCAUUGGAUUGAGCAUUAGCAAGUGCCUGGUUCAUCUCAUGAAAGGAGAGAUCGGGUUUGUAAGCAAACCCCAUGUUGGUUCUACUUUCUCAUUCACUGCUGUUCUCACGAGGGCACAGUCCAAUGGAAAUUUGAACAAAUCGUCAGGGUUUAAAGGGAUCAAUGCAUUGGUAGUUGAUCACAGACCGGUCCGUGCCAAGGUUGCCAAGUACCAUUUGCAAAGGCUUGGAGUCCAAACAGAAUUGACCACUGACGUCAAUCAAAUUAUUCCUAAAUUGAACUGUGGACCAUUGGCUGCAAAGUUGGUGCUAGUUGACAAGGAAACCUGGCUGAAGGAAUCACAUUCCAUGCCUCAUUUGGUUAGCAAAUUGAGGAACAAGGAUCAGGCAGACCCUCCAAAGUUCUUUCUUCUGGAGAACCCUACAAGUUCUAUAAAGAGCAGUUCACAUAUAUCCAGCGAGCAUAACUUGAAUGUUAUCAAGAAGCCACUUCGUGCAAGCAUGCUCCAGGUCUCACUAAGGCAGGCUUUGGGUGGAGUAGAUAAGGUGCAUUGCAAGAAUGGAGUGGUCGGCAAUUCAACGUUGGGUAGCCUUCUUCACAAGAAACAAAUCAUUGUGGUUGAUGACAAUGCUGUGAACCUUAAAGUGGCGGCUGGUGCUCUCAAGAAGUAUGGCGCAGUAGUAACUUGUGCAGACAGUGGGAAGAAGGCUAUUGCGUAUUUAAGCCCACCUCACAUCUUUGAUGCUUGUUUCAUGGAUAUACAGAUGCCAGAAAUGGAUGGAUUUCAAGCAACCAAGGAGAUCAGAAAGAUGGAAAGUAAACUCAAUGAGAAAAUAGAAAGUGGAGAUGUACCACCAGAAUGUGUUAAUGUUCGGAGGUGGCGAACUCCAAUAUUGGCCAUGACAGCAGAUGUUAUCCAGGCAACAUAUGAGGAGUGCCUGAAAUGUGAAAUGGAUGGCUAUGUCUCUAAGCCAUUUGAAGGAGAGCAGUUGUACAGAGAAGUAACUCGUUUUUUCCAAAAUCAUGACCAAGUUCAAUAGGUAGGUCUAUAUGGAGUGUAAAUUAAUGGAGGAUGUCCCAACACAGUUGACGCGUCAUGGCGCCGAGAAUUUUUUUGAAGCUGCAGUUCUCCAAGAGUAUGGGCUCAAAAACCUGGAGUUGGAACCAGCCAAGUUCUGUUUCUUGGUACAUCAUCUCACCAAGAGGCAAAAGGAGCAUAAAACUCUUAAAUCGAGAGGCAUGUGUAGCAUUUUAUUCAGCAACUUCUUGGAGACAGUUCGCGUGAAGGGCCAACUGCAUUCACUAACUGCAGAUUUCAAAUUGACAAAUGUCCUCUGCCUUUGUAUUGUAAAUGUAGGGAGAGAAAAUUUUCCUUCAUCUUUCUUCCCCGGGGAUUUUAUAGGUGUAAAUACUAGGUCUUGGUGGUUGUGCAGGCAUUUCUUUUUUUUGCAUUUGAAUGUGUUUUUUUGCGCAGUGUGUCGAAAGCUGUAAAUCACACAUUCAAAGCUGAAGCCUUUCAUUUUCUUGAUCUCCCA